AUGGGGUUCAAGGAAGUAUUCCGCCGCACCAAGAGCGUUGAGAUCGAGAGGACACGCCACACCUCGAACAAGGAGGAGACUCAUCAGUCUGACCUCCCUGGCCAGGGUGCACCUGGUCUCACCCCGGUCCCUGCCCUCUACGAGGCACCUCCUCAGAGCGGCAUCACGCUCGAGGAGUACAUGUUCUACGCACAGAUCCAGCGUGAACAGGAAAAGCUCUACGGAGCUGCUGGCGUUGCUGUGGAAGCCAACGCUAAUCAUGGCGCUGGCUAUCUUACGGAUGCCAGCAACGAGAAAAAACCCUCUUCAGAAGAUACCAGCCAGCAUAGCACCGUUGUCCAGACGGGUGUUGACAAGCCCCAUGUUAACAACACAGAUGCCUCGACCUUCGACCAGCUUGAGGGUCUCUCGGAGAUUGAAAAGGAGAGCCGCAAUGCUCACCGCGCCAUCAAGACUGCCACCUGGGUGGGCAUCUUUUAUCUAGUCACCACCGAUAUCCUGGGUCCUUACGGUGCGCCCUAUGCAAUGGCUCAGAACGGCUGGGUAACGGGUAACAUCAUGUACAUUGUCAUGGGCUUCUGCGCCUGGUGGUGUGGCAUUCUGCUCUGGAAGCUCUUUUUGAAUCUCGACUCGGCUCGUUACCCCGUCAAGACUUACGGUGAUCUCGGCGAACGUCUGGUAGGCUACCCCAUGCGAUGGACGUUCAACGCACUCCAGACUUUGCAACUGAUCGUCAACGUCGGUCUGCUCUGUCUCACUAACGGUCAGGCUCUCAGCCAAGUCAUCAGCGGUGCUCCUGGUAAUGCCACGCUCUGCUUUUCGGUCUGCGUCGUGAUUUUUGCGCUGAUCGGCAUGGCGUUCGCUCAGGUGCAAACCUUCCGUGGCCUCGGCUUUGCGGCUACCACAGCGGUCUACCAGAACAUUGCGAUCGUCGUGAUUUCCAUGGCUGCCAUCAUCAAGUACGGCCCAUACAUCGCUGGCGCUCAAGCUUCGUACGGUUCCGACUACCCGUACAACAACCAGCCUGUUAUGACUUCAGCAUUUGUCUCUUACGAUCUCACACAAAAGAUCAACGGUAUGAUGAGUAUGGUCUUCGCAUUCGGCGGAGCUCUUAUCUUUCCAGAGCUCAUCUCCGAGAUGCGCCGACCUAUGGACUUUUGGAAAGGAAUGAUUAGUGCACAGGCACUGAUCUGCACCGUCUACCUGGUGUAUUCCAACGUUAUCUAUGCUUACCAGGGACAGUACGUUCUUGGACAGUCGUACAACGGUAUUGCUAAGUAUGCGUUCCAGACCGUGUGCAACAUGCUAGCGAUUCUGUCUGGAACGAUCGCGGCGGCUCUGUAUGGUAAUGUCGGCCUGAAAGUGAUCUAUGUCAACACGGUACAGACCUUCUUGAAAGGGCCUGCGCUCAACUCUCCACGCGGAAGAGUCUUGUGGGCAGGUAUCAGUAUCGUCUACUGGGCACUUGCGUUUGUCAUUGCAUCGUCUAUCCCUCAGGUGCAGACGGUAUCGGGGCUGAUUGCAGCGGUGGCGAUCAUGAACUUUUCCUACUCGUUCCCCUUCAUGCUGGCGCUCAUCUUCUACAUCAAGCGCGACGCCAUGCAGGGCGAUCGAUUGUACACACCCUCUCAGCCGGUGCAGAGGCAAGACAACUGGUCCCAGUGGUCGCGAUGGCAACGAGGCCUGUUUGGUGGCCACUACGAACUUAUCGGCGUUACAAUCCCAGCCAUUCUCGUCAAAGCCGUCCUUCUCCUCGUCACGCUCGGCUCGUUCACCCUAUCCGGCCUCGGAAUGUACGGCUCCGGCGAGUCCAUCAAGUCCACAUUUGCAGCGGGCGGUGCUGCAACCUCGUUCGGUUGCAGUGCCCCCGUGUAA